AUGGAGAAUAGUCUUGGAUGUGUUUGGGUACCAAAGCUGGCUUUUCUACUCUUCGGAUUUUCUCUGAUCAGCCUGAAUCUUCAAGUCACCGGUUCACAAGUUAAGGGUUUUACAUCAUUGCGGUUCCUGACUGAGCCUUCAGAUGCUGUCACCAUGCGCGGAAGUAAUGUGCUGCUGAAUUGCACAGUGGAGUCUGAUCAAGGAAUUCCUGUCAUCAAGUGGAAGAAAGAUGCAGUCUUCUUAAACCUGGCAGUGGAUGAAAGGAGACAGCAGAUGGCCAAUGGUUCCCUCUUGAUACAAAGUAUAGUCCAUUCCAGGCACCAUAAGCCAGAUGAGGGUCUCUACCAGUGUGAGGCCUCUUUAGAAGGCAUUGGGGCUAUCAUCAGUCGGACAGCUAAAGUCACUGUAGCAGGACCAUUGAGGUUUCUUUCCCAGACAGAAUCUGUCACAGCUUUUGCAGGAGACACAGUUUUGUUAAAGUGUGAAGUAGUUGGAGAGCCUAUGCCGAUGGUACACUGGCAAAAAAACCUGGAGGACCUGAUCCUGAGCCCCAGUGACACCCGAGUGGCUGUCUUGCCCUCUGGAGCUUUACAGAUUAGCAGAAUCCAAGCGGGAGACAGUGGGAUCUAUAGAUGCCUUGCAAAAAAUCCUGCUAGUUCCAGAACUGGAAAUGAAGCAGAAGUCAGAGUUUUGACAGAUCCAGGUUUGCACAGACAGCAAUUUUUCCUGCAGAGACCAUCAAAUGUGGUAGCCCUUGAGGGAAAAGAUGCCGUUCUUGAGUGUUGUGUUUCUGGGUUUCCCACACCCACCUUCACAUGGAUGCGAGGAGAUGAAAUUAUUCCUGUCAGAUCCAAAAAAUAUUCAUUAUUGGCUGGCAGUAACUUACUUAUUUUUAAUGUGACUGAUGACGAUUCUGGGACAUACACUUGCAUUGUCAGCUACAAGAAUGAGAACAGUAGUGCCUCUGCAGAGCUCACAGUUAUGGUUCCUCCAUGGUUUUUAAAUCACCCUUCAAACCUCUAUGCCUAUGAAAGUAUGGACAUUGAGUUUGAAUGUGCUGUCUCUGGUAAGCCUGUCCCUACCGUGGAUUGGAUCAAGAAUGGAGAAGUGGUCAUUCCUAGUGAUUAUUUUCAGAUAGUGGGUGGCAGCAACUUGCGGAUUCUGGGCCUCGUAAAGUCAGAUGAAGGUUUUUACCAGUGUGUAGCUGAAAAUGAUGCUGGGAAUGCACAGAUCAGUGCCCAGCUAAUCAUCCCUGAGCCGGCUAUCCCAAGUUCCAGUGUCCUCCCCUCUGCUCCCCGAGAUGUGGUCCCUGUUUUGGUCUCCAGUCGAUUUGUCCGUCUCAGCUGGCGCCCACCUGCAGAAACUAAAGGGAAUAUCCUGGCAUACACUGUCUACUUCUCCAGGGAAAGCAUCAACAGGGAACGGGCACAGAACACAACACAGUCUGAGACACUUCAGCUUACAGUGGGAAAUCUGAAACCAGAGGAGACUUACACAUUCCGAGUGGUGGCAUACAAUGAAUGGGGACCAGGAGAGAGCUCGCAAUCCAUCAAGGUUGUCACGCAGCCUGAAUUGCAAGUUCCAGGGCCAGUAGAAAACCUGCGGGCUGUAUCUACCUCACCUACCUCAAUUCUUCUUUCCUGGGAACCCCCUGCCUAUGCAAAUGGUCCAGUCCAAGGUUACAGAUUGUUCUGCACAGAGACUGCUACUGGAAAAGAACAGAAUAUAGACGUUGAUGGACUAUCAUACAAACUGGAGGGGCUGAAAAAAUUCACGGAAUACACCUUACGAUUCUUGGCUUAUAACCGCUAUGGCCCUGGGGUGUCCACUGAAGAUCUUACCGUCAUGACGCUUUCUGAUGUACCAAGUGCAAUGCCUCAGAAUGUCUCCUUGGAAGUGGUUAAUUCAAGGAGCAUCAAAAUUAGUUGGCUACCUCCACCAUCAGGCACACAAAAUGGAUUUAUUACCGGCUAUAAAAUCCGACACAGAAAGACUACCCGCAGGGGUGAGAUAGAAACACUGGAGCCAAACAACCUCUGGUACUUGUUCACAGGACUUGAUAAAGGAAGCCAGUACAGUUUCCAGGUAGCUGCCAUGACAGUCAAUGGGACAGGACCCUCCUCAGAUUGGUAUACAGCAGAAACUCCAGAGAAUGAUCUUGAUGAAUCUCAGGUUCCUGAUCAGCCAAGCUCUCUUCAUGUCAGGCCAUUGACAACCAGUAUCGUCAUGAGUUGGACUCCACCACUGAAUCCAAACAUUGUUGUACGAGGAUACAUCAUUGGCUAUGGAGUGGGCAGCCCAUAUGCUGAGACAGUGCGAGUAGACAGCAAACAGCGCUACUAUUCCAUUGAAAACUUGGAGCCAAGUUCCCAUUAUGUAAUUUCUUUAAAAGCCUUUAACAACGUGGGUGAAGGAGUCCCUCUCUAUGAAAGUGCCACCACUAGAUCAUUGACAGAUCCCAUUGAUCCAUUAGAAGUUGAUUUUUAUCCUUUGCUUGAUGAUUUCCCUACCUCAGUCCCAGAUAUCUCCACCCCCAUGCUCCCACCAGUAGGUGUCCAGGCUGUUGCACUUACCCAUGAUGCAGUGAGAGUCAGCUGGGCAGACAACUCUGUCCCAAAGAAUCAAAAGACUACUGAGGUUCGCUUUUACACUGUCCGUUGGAGAACCAGCUAUUCUACAAGUGCUAAAUACAAGUCAGCAGAUACAACAGCUUUGAGCCAUAGUGUAAUAGGCCUUAAGCCAAACACUAUGUAUGAAUUCUCUGUCAUGGUAACAAAAGGUCGAAGGUCAAGCACGUGGAGCAUGACUGCACAUGCCACAACAUAUGAAGCAGCACCAACCUCUGCACCCAAGGAUUUGACAGUCAUUACUCGGGAAGGGAAGCCUCGAGCUGUCAUUGUCAGCUGGCAGCCUCCAUUAGAAGCCAAUGGAAAAAUUACUGCUUAUAUUCUGUUCUACACCUUGGACAAGAAUGCUCCAAUUGAUGACUGGGUUAUGGAGUCAAUCAGUGGUGACCGACUUACUCAUCAAAUCAUGGACCUCAACCUAGAUACAGUGUAUUACUUUAGAAUCCAAGCUCGCAAUGCCAAAGGAGUGGGACCGCUCUCUGACCCUAUUCUCUUCCGGACUCUGAAAGUCGAGCACCCUGACAAAAUGGCUAAUGACCAAGGUCGUCAUGGAGAUGGGGCCUAUUGGCCAGUUGACACGAACUUGAUUGACAGAAGCAGCCUUAAUGAACCUCCCAUAGGGCAGAUGCACCCUCCACAUGGCAGCGUAACGCCUCAAAAGAACAGCAACCUUCUAGUAAUCAUUGUGGUCACCGUUGGGGUCAUUACAGUGGUGGUGGUGGUGAUCGUGGCUGUGAUCUGCACCAGGCGUUCUUCAGCGCAACAGAGGAAAAAGCGUGCUACCCAUAGUGCUGGGAAAAGGAAGGGCAGCCAGAAAGACUUGAGGCCCCCAGACCUCUGGAUACACCAUGAAGAGAUGGAGAUGAAGAAUAUUGAAAAGCCAUCAGGUUCUGACCCCUCAGGAAGAGACUCGCCGAUGCAGAGCUGUCAAGACAUCACGCCAGUCAGCCACAGCCAGUCUGAAACUCAGCUGGGCAGCAAGAGUGCCUCACAGUCUGGUCCUGACACAGAGGAUGUGGGAAGUAGUAUGUCCACGUUAGAGCGCUCGCUUGCUGCCCGCAGAGCCACACGUGCCAAGCUCAUGAUUCCGAUGGAUUCACAACCAAGCAACCCUCCUGUUGUCAGUGCCAUCCCAGUGCCAACACUAGAAAGUGCCCAGUACCCAGGAAUUCUGCCAUCUCCAACAUGUGGAUAUCCGCACCCGCAGUUCACUCUCCGGCCCGUGCCAUUCCCAACACUCUCUGUUGACCGGACCUUUGGAACAGGAAGAAGUCAGUACACGGUGAGUGAAGGACCAGUCCCACAACAGCCAUCCAUGCUGCCACAGACACAGCCUGAACAUGCCAGCAACGAGGACGCCCCGAGCAGAACGAUUCCCACAGCCUGUGUCCGGCCUACGCACCCUCUCCGCAGCUUUGCCAACCCAUUGCUACCUCCACCAAUGAGUGCAAUAGAACCGAAAGUCCCUUAUACACCACUUUUGUCUCAAACAGGGCCUAAUCUUCCCAAGGCUCAGGUUAAAACAGCAUCACUUGGAUUAGCUGGAAAAGCACGAUCCCCUCUGCUUCCAGUCUCGGUGCCAACAGCCCCAGAAGUGUCAGAAGAGGGCCACAAACAGACAGAGGAUCCAGCUAACGUAUAUGAACAGGAUGAUCUGAGUGAACAAAUGGCCAGUUUGGAGGGGCUAAUGAAGCAACUUAAUGCUAUUACAGGCUCGGCCUUCUAA